AUGUCAUACCAAAGACCACCUAUGCCUUUGCCGGAAGAAUUGGCUUCUUUGCAUAUCAGCAACGUAGAGCCAGAUGCUUCGCACAAAUUACCAAAUCUUACGGCUCCUUCGGUGCCGAUUAGGCGACCACCGGCCCUCCCACCUAGAUUCCUGGGCAAUUCGACUAACUCAAAAACUCUUUGCUCCGCCAGACUAAAUACAAGUGAAAUGUCAGCUACAACUCAAGCCGACAACAUCUUCCAAUCACCCAUCUCCACCGAUGCUCCUCUUGGAAUUUUCUCAAGGGUCUCACACCCAGUUCCAUUACCUGCCAAUACAACCAUCAGUGGAAAAGCCACAGAAACGAACAAGUUUUAUGGAAACAUGCUAAUUGGCGAUCAAACGAACCCUGCAUGGACUCAUCCUUACUCGUUUUUUUGGUCGAAAGACGCUUACGCAGGUUUAGCUGUGUCGUACAUCAGCGCCUCCCAACGAGUUUUUGGCGGUGGUAAUCCACCUGAAUACUUUUUUGGACCCGCUGGUCUCAGAUCUUUUGUGUUCGGCGCAACUGAUUUUGCAAAUGUCGGACAGAUGUCGUUGGGCUUCACAAACUUGACACAUUUGCAAGCCCACGUCAAAGUGAUUAAAAAUCAAAACCAGUUUAUCUUGGUUCCACUUGUUCAAGGUAUGGGCUUUGCCUCUGCAGUGUACUACAAUAUGAUUCCCAGCCUCUUUUCGCCAAUAGGUUAUAAAAGCGUUGUAGGUGUAACAUCACCUCGUUCUGGAAUUCAAAAAUACAAAAUUGUCUUGCAGAAUAACGUUACCUGGUCUCUGUACGUCACUGUUCCUUCUGGCCAGUCUCUUGCCUUGGCAUUGUCCAAUGCAAAUCAGAUUGUUGGCAAUAAAAGCGUUAACGGGUGUAUCUUCCAACUUGUUCCUGACACCAACUCUGCUAUUGAUGCUGCUGCCGGCUGCUAUCCAAAUAGUGGAACCUUAUCUGGCUCCGUGUCUGGUACUACUGGCCAAUACACCAUUUCUUACGGGUUGAGCGGCUCGAGCAACGGCGGGAAGACAUUGAUGUAUGCAUGCCCCCACCAUGUUGCAUCUUUUACAUCUGCUAUGGCAAGCCGGAGAAUCAAUUCAAGUCUUGAUUCCGUAACAAUGGGAAAAAUGACAGGGUAUUUGACGAGCACUUUUGAGCUGCAAGUCAACGUACCCUCACAGAUUGGGUUUGAUCCUUACUCGGCCAUAUCAGGUAAGUCUGGCCCUCAAUACUCUGCCGACGUUCUCAACAACAUCAGAGCCGCUGCUCAAUCCGAGGCAAACGGUAAUGUCGUCAACGAGUCCAAUGUUGAUUCAAUGUACUUUGGUGGCAAAAUCCUAGCAAAGUAUGCUUGGACUCUUUACAGCUGUCAGUACGUUCUCAAGGACUCAAACUUGGUCAACACACUUAUGGGUAAUUUAAAGUCAGCGUUUUCGAGAUUCAUAAACAAUUCGCAGAUCCUGCCAUUGAGAUACGAUACCACAUGGGGUGGUAUAAUCUCAUCUGGUAGUUCUUCUCAGGAUUUCGGAAACUCGUACUACAACGACCACCACUUCCAUUAUGGAUACCAUGUCCUUGCAGCUGCCAUACUAGCCAAAGUUGACCGCGAUAAUGGCGGGAACUGGCUAAGUCAGAACAGGACGUGGGUUGAGAACCUUUUGAGAGAUUAUUCCAACACGAACUCUGCAGAUCAAUACUUCCCAGUCUUCAGAUCGUUUGACUGGUUCGCAGGUCAUUCGUGGGCAAAGGGUCUAUUCCCCAGUGGAGACGGUAAGGAUGAGGAGUCCAGCUCCGAAGACGUCAACGCCGCGUAUGCCGUGAAGCUCUGGGGUAAUGUCACCGGAAACCAGAAUUUGGAGAACAUAGGUAAUCUUGAACUUGGAAUCAUGCAGGGGUCCCUCAACAGUUACUUUUUGUAUCUUGACAACAACACUGUCGAGCCGGCCCAAAUAAUCCCAAACAAGGUGAGUGGCAUUCUAUUUGAAAACAAGAUCGACCACACUACCUAUUUUGGAACUGAGUUACAAUACAUUCAGAUGAUUCACGCCAUUCCCAUCACGUCGAUUUCGAGUUUUAUACGUUCACCCACAUUUGUCGAUCAAGAAUGGAACGAGAAACUUGCUGCAAUCGUCAACAACGUGCAAGACGGCUGGAGAGGUAUCAUCAUGCUAAAUCGGGCUCUAUCUGACCCUAGCUCUUCCUACUCAUUUUUCGCAGGCUCAUCUUUUUCCAAUAAUUAUUUGGACCCUGGACAAAGUAAGACUUGGUCAUUGACUUAUUCAGGUGCCUUCAUAUGA